UCUUUAAUCAAUUAUUCAUUCACUCGCUAACUUCUCCUGAUCGGAAAAAAAAAACCUCAAAGUUCUCUUGAUUAACUCAAAGAAGCCAAACCAUGGAUUCUGAAGAAGAUAUAGCCCUCUUGGCAUUCAUUGAAAAUCAGCUUCUAACUGAUUCCAGCUUCCACGAUUUGUUUUUGCAACUCGAUACCUAUACUAAUGACAUUAAGCCGAUGUUUCAUGAUGAAAAUGAAAAAGCCGAUUCCUAUGCUUGUACGAGCCCUAGUAGCAUUCAGUCCUCGUCGGAGACGGCUGAAAGUCUGGACGGCCGUCAGCAGCAGCGUGCGCCACCGGCGGAGUGGAGGCGAUACCGGGGCGUUCGGAGACGGCCGUGGGGGAAGUUUGCGGCGGAGAUAAGAGACCCGAUGAAGAAAGGGUCGAGGAUAUGGCUUGGGACUUACGAGACGCCGGAGGAUGCUGCGCUGGCGUACGACCGGGCGGCCUUUCAAAUGCAAGGCUCAAAAGCUAGGGUUAAUUUCCCGCAUCUGAUUGGUUCUCCUGAUUUCGUAGAGCCUGUUAGAGUGAACCCCAGGAAGCGUGGUCAGCAACCUGCGUUUUCUUCACCAUCUUGGUCAACGAAAGUCCAAUCUGGAAAGAAGGGUAAAUUUGAGAUCUAAUAAGCAUAAGGUUAAUUAAU